AUGAAUCUCAAACUUGCUCUCAAACGUGACUGCCAUGAAGCCUUGAGCAUGCUAACAGAACGUGUGAGAGUUUAUGAAAAUAAAAUAAAAAGUUAUGAGGCUCGAUGCGUUUUCAAAAUUCAAAACGCGAGAUUUGAAUUGUUCAGAAGGCGGUUUUAUAGAAAACUAACUAAGGAACAACCUGUUAGCCACAAUGUAAGGGCGGAAGAAAUCAGGGAGUUCUGGGCCGCGACGUGGAAUUCGAAAAUGGGAGACGAUGAUAACCGGCACAAUGAAUCUGCACAGUACGUUGUCCCCAUCUGA